CCAUUAAUUUAUGGUUUAAUUGUAGAAUACGUUUUCAGAAGUUUAAGAAAAAUAUAAAAUUAUAUUUCACUGAUUUAGAGAAUGUCUGCUUUCGACGAUAAUCCGUUUGCGGAUCCAUCUGUUCAAGCUGCAACAGCUAACAAUGGACAACCGACAGCUACACUCGACAACUAUGAUCCGUUUGGGAAACAGCAGACAACUACCACAGCCGGGACAGGCUCUGUCGGGCCCGCUGUUAUGUCUCCAACAACUGAACCUGCUCCUCCUGCCUACAGUCAAACAGCACAGCAGACUGCCACUACUGCAGAUUUCCAGGAACUAAAGAGGAGACAGGAAGAAUUGGAAAGGAAAGCCGCCGAGCUGGCAAGAAGAGAAGAAGAAUUAAAGAAUUCAUCCUACAACGCAAGGAAAACUCAGAUUAAAUAUCAGUUAUAUUUUUGCACGCAACCAUUUUUUUCGGAUAUAAAUGUGGAUAUCCCUGUAGAAUUCCAAGAAAUGGUGAAGCGUCUCUACUAUCUCUGGCUUUUCCACGCCCUACUGAUGCUGUACAACCUGGUGGCUGGUACCUGCCUACUAUUCAGUGGAAACGACGCAACUGGGUCAACCUUCGGUUUAUCCCUGGUCUACGCAAUCUUCUUCAUCCCACUCUCAUACCUCUGCUGGUUCAGACCAGCCUACAAGGCAUUUCGUUCUGAUUCCUCGUUCAACUUCAUGGUCUUCUUCUUCAUAUUCUUCUGUCAGUUCUGUUUCUCCCUCAUCAUGGCUCUGGGGAUCAAAGGCUCAGGAGGAAGUGGACUCAUCACCUGUAUUGUGACCUUCCAAAACAAAGACGCUACCGGCGGAGACUACUUCGUCGGUGUUGUUGUGCUGUUUGCCGCGCUAGGAUUCUGUGCUGUCGCUCUUGCGGAUUUCUUCAUGUUGACCAAGAUCCACGGGUUGUACAGAGCUACCGGGGCCAGCUUCAUCAAGGCUCAGGCUGAGUUCACCAGCACUGUCAUGAACAACGAGGGAGUUAGGAAUGCCGCCGCUCAGGCCGCUGCCGCCGGGGUCAGGAAUACAUUCUCAGGACAAGGACAGCAACAGCAGCCUGGGUCCAGAUACUAAACAAUUGUGGAAACAUGAGAGCAGCAAAGUUCAUGAAUCAGAAGGAAAAGCUGCUCUAGUCAAAAUAUGAGACAAACAGCAGCGUCGGUGUCGUUAAAUGUCGUUAUUGUGUUACUAACGGUCAUAUGACUGUUUAUAUCAUAAAACUUGAAUUUCAUUUGGAAAAACUGAUUUGGAAGUGUUGGCUGCUGAUAAUUUUUUUCAAACAAGUGGAAAUGAAAAUAAGAUCAGCCUUUCAUUAUCAAGAAACAGCAGAACUGGCAAUAGUUGGAGCUGAUUCAUAGACAAAAAUUGGAUUUGUUUGACCGCAGUUGUUGUUGAAAUCUCCCACCUGAUUUAGGAUAAUUAAUUCUAAUUGUUCAUGAUAAAAUUGGUUUUCUGGCUGAAAAUUGUCAUCUUCCAGAAUCCGAUAAUAAUUAUCAAUCCAUCAAUAGUUUAGAACAAGCGAAAUAAGUUCAUUUAUCCUAAAAAUUUUAUUUUGCUUUUACUGAAAAUAUGAUGCGGACAGAAUAUAAGUUUUUUUAUUUCUUCGGGAUUUUCUACUUUCUGAAUUCUAAAUCUUUUAUUAUCUAUUGCACAAGGGUCCAUAUCAGGUUUAUCAGAAUUGGGAAUUUGCAUUUUCAAAUAUAAUUUUUAAAUUUAUAAAUGUUACAUGUUUUAUAGAUAUUCUUUCUAUGUAGCGUUGUCUACAAGUCAUUGUACAAUUUAUAGUGUACACGGUAUACCUUAUAACAUUGCAGAUUGUACAAUGUACAUCUGUACAACGAAUAGGAUUAUAUAGAUGUAUACAAAUAUCCCCUCUCGCUUUCUUACACUUUUAAAUAGAUAUUUUUAAUACAUAAAAUACAAUUUUUAAUUCUUCAACCACGCUGUGUACGAAUGCGACUGUUAUCAGUUUAAUUGAUUGUCGUCUUUAGUUUGUGAUUAAUUUUUUCCUCCCCCCGUAUUGCUUUAAUUCUUAAAUUGAUCCUAAGUAUAAUAACCCUGUGAUUUUACUUGUAUUAUAAUCUUUAUUUAUUCUGUAAUUAAAUACUAAAUAAUGAAUUAUUA